UGUAUUGAUGAUGUGUGACAUGCAGGGCAAAGUGAUCAUUGCUCUAACUUUUGUGAUAUUCUUCAGACACUACUUGUGUUUAUCUUUUAUCUGAUAUUAUCUCAACAGUAUUGAAAGUGCUUUUUCUAUUUAAGCUUCCAGGCGUCUUUUCCCCUGUUUAUUGAGUCAAGGCUGAUUUUCUGUACAUGUCAUUAUGAAAUACAUGAAUGUUACAAACAUUAAAGACUUCAUCAUCACCGGGUUCCCUGGACUUCUGCCUGAAUAUUACGGACCGGUGUCUGUUCUUCUUCUGUUCGUUUUCCUUUGUAUCGUGUUUGGAAAUGCUUUUGUCUUGUUUAUUAUCGUGCGUGAGCAGACCCUUCACAAGGCAGCUUACUUGAUAUUCUUUCACCUUGCAAUGACGGACAUAAUGUUUGGCACUGUGACUCUUCCAAAAAUCAUUGCCAGAUAUUGGUGGAAUGACAUGAUCUCCUCAUUUGAAGCCUGCUUUGUACAGAUGUACUUUGUGCAUUCUCUGGGAGCUGUGCACUCUUUAAUUUUGCUGAUGAUGGCUUUGGAUCGUUUCGUCUCCAUAUGGUUUCCAUUCAGAUAUCCUGUUUUGUUUACCAACAAGAAUGUUUCUAUAGCUUGUAGUUUAUGCUGGAUUUUGACAUUCAUACGCUUGGCGGGGAUUGUGUUUCAUGCCACAACUCUGCCUUACUGUGACCAUAAUGUCAUCAUGCAGUGCUACUGUGAUCAUAUAUCAAUUACUCGCCUGGGAUGUGGCGAUGGAGGUGCAUAUGUUCAACAUGUUUCAUUUGCAAAUGCAAUGGUCACCCUCAUGGUUCCUUUAACUUUCAUCAUUCUCUCCUACUUCUCUAUCAUCAUAGCCGUUCUGAGAAUAUCUCACUCUGAGAGGCGUCACAAAGUGCUGUCUACGUGCGCCCCUCAGCUCUUCAUUACCUGCAUCUAUUACGUGCCAAGGUGUUUUGUUUAUAUUGCCAACAAUUUGGGAUACAGUUUCAGUCCUCUUGCUCGUAUCGUUAUCACAAUGAUGUACAGCCUCAUACCUGCUGUAGUUAAUCCCCUAAUAUACUGUUUCAAAAUAACGGAAAUUAAAAAUGCUUUGAAGAGGAGAUUUGAUAAUGGAAAGGUUAGCAGUAUGAUAAAUAAUAAACGCAAUGUUAAGUAGUACUUUUCUUCACCAGUAAUGGAAAACCACAGCUAAACAAGAUCAUACAGGAUGGAAAAUUGUAACUUCCUCAAUUUCCACCCACUUUUAUUCAGUUAUUUAUAUUUAAAUAGGGUGGAGUUGGCUGAGAGCUUUUUUUCUUUGUCUUUAAGCGUCACUAUCUACAGAUUACAGAAUAACAUUUUGCAAACCGACAUUUGUCUUAGAUCUGUGGUAUUUGCUGCAUACAAGAUAAACAAGAAAAUUCAAAUUCUUGAAUUUAACUCGUGUCAUCUUAUUUUUUAGUUUUUAUUCUAUUAAUUUUACACACUUCUUAUUGUUUUGCAAAUUGUGCAUUUUAUAUAUUGUAUUAAAUAUGAUAUUUUAAAUGUACAUGUACACAUAUUUUCAUGUGUGCAGAAUAAAACUGAGACAUCUGCAAGAAUCCCUCUGUUCUUAUGUUCUCAUUUAUUUUUAUUUUUUUAUGUUUAUCUGAUAUUUAGAUUUCACUUUUUGUCUUAUGUACCUUGUAUUUGUCUACAUCUAUUCCAUGCCUAAAUGCAAAAUAAACCCUCUAAAGACAGAGAAUGGCUUUCCAUGUUACAGUUGUGCCACAAUUAAUUAAUAAUUCCACCUUGCAUCUGUAAAUGCAAAUGUGGGAAAUUUCCAACACUUUUAAUCAGUUUUUAUAAAAUACUUUGCAUUCUAAUACCAUGGUUCCAGGUGUAAAUUUCCUCUGUUAAAAACAAUACAAAACACAAAGCCUGUUGACUUGCUUAAAGAAGGCACAACACAAGUCUUUACACAAUAUACACUUGGCUUUUUCCUUUGCUCCCAGUAUGAUUAAAGGUCCGCUUGAAGGUUUUAUUACUUGAA